AUGGAUUGCCGUGAUAUUUUCAUUUGCUUAUUGGAUUGCCGUGACAUUUUCAUUUGCUUAUUGGAUUGCCGUGAUGUUUUCAUUUGCUUAUUGGAUUGCCGUGAUAUAUUCAUUUGCUUAUUGGAUUGCCGUGAUAUUUACAUUUUCUUAUUAGAUUGCCAUGUCCUUUCUUUCUUUCUUUUUUCUUUCAUUCUUUCCUUCCUUCCUCCCUUCCUUCUUUCUUUUUUUCUUCUUAUAGUUUAUGUUUCUUAUCAAGUUUUCAUGUCUUUCUUUCUUAUAUUCUACGUUUCUUGUCAAACUUUCUUUCAUUUUUCUUAUAUUUUAAAAUUCUCUUCAGGCAUUUCUCCCUUUAGGCUUUCUUUCCAAUUUUUUGUGUGUAUUUCUCUCUUUCUAUCAUACUUAUAUUUUACGAUUCUUGUCAAGUUUUCUUUCUUCUCAUAUAUUACGUUUUUUGGCAGGUUCACCUUUUCUUAUUUUUUACGUUUCUCGUCAAGCUUUCUUUGUUUCUUCUUAUAUUUUACCUUUCUUUCUUCUUAUAUUUUACGUCUAUCAAGCUAUCCUUCUUAUAUCUUAUAUUCUACGUUUCGUAUCAAGCUUUCUUUCUUUCUGCUUAUGUUUUUCUAUUCUUAUAAAGCUUCUUUCUUCUUAUAUUUUACGUUUCUUAUCAAGCUUUCUUUCUUUCUACUCAUAUUUCUUGCCAAGCUUUCUAUCUUUUUAUAUUCUACGUUUCGUAUCAAGCUUUCUUUCUUCUUAUAUAUUACGAUUCUUAUCAAGCUUUCUUUCUUCUUAUAUUUUACGUUUCUUAUCACGCUUUCUUUCUUUCUUCGUAUAUUUUACAAUUCUUGCGAAACUCUUUCUUCUUAUAUUUUACGUUUCUUAUCACGCUUUCUUUCUUUCUUCGUAUAUUUUACAAUUCUUGCGAAACUCUUUCUUCUUAUAUUUUACGUUUCUUAUCACGCUUUCUUUCUUUCUUCGUAUAUUUUACAAUUCUUACGAAACUCUUUCUUCUUAUAUUUUACGUUUCUUAUCACGCUUUCUUUCUUUCUUUCUUUAUUUUAUUUUAUAUUAAUUUAUUUGUUUUCUUUAUUUCUUCUUAUAUUUCAGGCUUCUGGCAAACCCUAUUUCUUCUUAUAUUUUUUCCGUUUAUUAUCAAACAUUCUUUCUUUCUUCUUAUAUUUUACGUUUAUUACCAAGUUGUCAUUCGUAUUUUCUUUAUUUCUACUUAUAUUCAAUGAUCCUUUUUUUUGCCAGGCUGUCAUUCUUUUUUUUCUUUCUUCUUAUAUUCUAUUAUUGUGUGAGUUUUUGUGUCUUCCUUUCGUUCUUCAUAUAUUUUACGUUUUUUCUCAAGUUUCUUUUCUUUUUUCUUAUAUUUUACGUUUCAUACCAAGUUUAUUUCUUCCUUCUAAUAUUUUACGUUUCUUUUCAAGCUUUUUUUCUUCCUUCUUAUAUUUUACGUUUCUUGUUCGGUUUUCUUUCUGUUUUUCUUCUUACAAUUUAGAAUUAUUUUUUUCUUCCUUUCUUUCUUUCUUUCUUCUUAUAUUUAAAGUUCCUAUUCGUAUUCUUUCUUCUCUUUUCGUCUUAUAUUUUACGUUUCUUGUCAGUUUUUCUUUCUUUAUUCUUUUCUUUAAUUCGUCUUGCAGAUUUCUUCCUUUCGCUUUUCUUUCUUUCUUUUUUAUAUUUUACUUUCCUAGUCAUAUUUUCCUUCUUUUUUGCUUUCUUUGUUUUUCUUAUUUUUUUUUUAUGUUUCUUGAGACUUUUUCUUUCUUUCCUCUUAUAAUUAACCUUUCUUACACGUCUUUAUUUCUUUUUCUCUUACGUGUCUCUUUGUUUUUCCUCUUUACUUUUUUUUAUUUGUUUCAUUUUUUUUCUUUCUGGAUCGUUCUUCUUUUUAUCUUGCUUCUUUUUUUUUGUUACGCUAUUAAUUUUUCUUUGUCCUUUCUUCUUCAUCUUCUUCUUCUUCUUCUUCUUCUUCUUCUUCUUCUUUAUAAUUGUUACUUUUCUAUACUUCUACUACUUCGUCUUCUUCUUUCUCCUCUUCCUACCAUUCUUCUUUCUUGUACUUUUUCUCCUCAACAUCUUCCUCUUCUUUCUUCCAUUCUUCUGUUUUUAAUUCAUUCUUUCUUCUUCCAUUUCUUCUUCUCCUCAUCGUCCUCAUCUUCCUACCUCCAUUCUUCUGUUUUUAAUUUUUUUUUCUUUCUUCUUCUUUUCCUUUUCUUUCUUUCUUUCUUUCUUUCUUUCUUUUCUUUUCUUUUUCUUGAUUUUUUUUCCGUUUGCAAUUCUUUUUUUUUUUUGCAUUCUUUCAACUUUCUAUUCAAUUUCUUCUUUCAUUCUUCUCUUUCUUUCUUUUUUCUUCUUUCUUUAUCAAUCAUCAUCAUCAUCAUCAUCAUCAUCAUCAUCUUCUUCUUCUUCUUCUUCUUCUUCUUCUUCUUCUUCUUCUUCUCUUCCUUCCAUUCUCCUACUUUUAAUUUUUUUUUUUCGAAUCUUUCACCUUUUUUCCUUU